AGAAAUGCUCCUUUUUUGGUGGAUCAAAUCUCUAUACCACCACCCGAUGCACCAGCCUGGUUUAUCUCCGAUGAAUAUGUCGCCAAAAAUAAUAAAAACGAUUCCUCGUUGAGACCCGAUAGCGAUGCCAGAGUGACAGCCAAUAGCGAUGCUGAAACAACAGCCAAUAGCGACUACGAGCCUGUCACUGGGACAAGCAACAAUCCACCCAAAAAAUAUAGAACAAGAAACAAGAGCAAAAAAACCAACAUAUGUAAUUCUAAAUUGGUAAAAAAAAAAGUUGCUCAACUAGCCGCCUUUGAUAUGAUCAAUACCGGUAGAACAACCACCUUUGCUACCGGAGGGUCAAGUAAUCCUG